AUGUGUCUAUUGGCUUGUGAAUAUCAGAUUGUGCUGUAUUCGUCGGUUGUUUCGGCUUUGUCGGUUGUGAUAUCUAUUGUUGAAGUUAGUUCGAGGAUGGAGGCGUUGGAAAAGGCCGAAAAGCUCGUUGAGGGGGGCCAGCGCCUCCAUGGAUUCAUGCUCAACUUGUUCUUCAAUCUGGUGGCGUUGAUUCUAAUUUUGCCGGCUUCUUAUUAUUAUAUCGAUAAAUUGUCCGUGAAUAAAUUCGCGAUUUAUUACGGGUUGUUCUUUUUGAAUUUCGUCUCCUUGUUGAACAUUUUUGUUUUUACGGCGUACACCGUGUUUUAUUACUGGUGUAAGAAGCACCACGGUGAAGAAGAAGAAGAAAAAGAAGAAGAUAUAAAUGUACAAUACAGUCAAUUACCUGCUUUGGAUAGUGAUAUUCCCUGAGGAUGGCU